UGGUCGACGAUAGUAUCAACUAUCAAAAUAAUAUCAUCGUAAUUCGUGGACUGCAACUACUGCAGACAUCAUCAUCAUUAAUAAUAAAUAAUAAAAAAUAAUAUGUUAUAAUAUUUUGUUUGUGUGUAACUAUAUUAAGUUUAUCAUGUGAUGUUCUAACUGAAUGUUCACUAGUAACAAUUAUUGUUAUUAUUAUUAGUAACAUUAAAGGAUUAUUUUUUUUGAAGCAGUUAUAGAUCGAAGACGCUCGCAUUAUGGACGGCCAAUUGAUAGAUUUACUGUUCCCAGACGGAAUACCAGAUGAUGUAAAAACUGAUCCAAAUAUUAAAAACUAUUUAGAUCAUCUUGGAAAAUGCACUGCAGAAGAAUUAAGUAAGGAACAUAAGUCAUUAGAAGAUAAAAAUACCAUAAUUGUUAAAAUGGUUAAAGAUUUAGCAUUAAAUAACUACAAAACAUUUGUUAAAACUUCACAUUGUUAUGAAUCUGUGUAUAAUAAAUUUGAUGACACACAACAGAAAACUAUCACAUUAGAUAAUUAUUUAUUGAAACUUAAAACUGAAUGUCAAGAAAUGUUACAACAGUGGGCAGAUGUUAAAGAAAAACGACAUCGUAAUACUUUAGCUAUGGCUUGGAACUCCCGUAUCAUGCAUCAUGCUCUUGAACUUCCACAGCUCAUGCUAUCUUGUAUACAAAAUAAACUGUAUGAAGAUGCACUAAAACUCGCAAAUCAUGCUAAACAUUUACCCAAUAAUAUACCAGCUGUCAAGUUGUUACAUGAUGAAGUGGAAAAGCAUCGUUUAUCUUUGAUGUCUGCACUUUGCCAAGAAUUGAGAACCGAUUUAGAAUUACCACUGUGUAUGCGUAUUGUACGACUAUUAAGAACAUUAAACCUGAUAAAUGAAGAACAGUUAGCUGUUAAGUUUUUACAGACUAGAAAUGCGUGGUUUAAUGCUAAAUUAGACAAUAUUCCUGAUGAGAGCAAUAGCCAACACUUAUUGGAAACUAUUGAGGUAUCACGAUCUUGUCUUUCAAAUAUAGCUACACAAUAUAACCUGAUUUUUUGCUCUGAAGAUAACUCCUCUGAUUCUGGAUCAUCAAAAUUACAGUUCUAUUAUUCUUGGACUAAUCAAAAGGUAUGUCAAUUUAUUAAUAUACUUAAAAAAGACCUUCCAAACUGUCGACCAUCGUCAUUAGAAACAAUUUUCACACAAUGUAUGUAUUUUGGACAAUCAUUGGGACAUAUUGGAGCUGAUUUCAGAGGUCUGAUAGCACCUGUGUUUAUCAAUGUAACUGUUAAAAGAUUUUCAGACUUAUUAAAAAUGACAGAAAUUACUUGGCUAACCGAUUUACAAACAUUUUUAAAAACAAAUAUUAAAAAUGUUAGAAUGAACCAAACUCAUGAUGAAGUAGAUGAUAUACCAUCACCCGUAUUUGAAUAUUAUCCUUUGGCGAAAUUUUGUAAUGGAGUAAUGAGUGCUCUGAAUGACCUAGGAGAGUAUGCUCCAUAUGCUGCUGCAGAUGAAAUCACCAAAUGUUUGCAUACUACAUUGCAUAAUGCGUCCUGUGCAUUAUUCUCUAUGUAUUACCAAGACGAUUUUAAAAGCUAUGAUGAAGGUGACAAAAAAAUAUUUGGACAACUCUGCAUUUGCUUUUCAACUGAUGUUGUACCAUACAUACAAAGAUGUUUACACAAAGUGUAUGAACCAGCUAGUAUAGCUGCUUUCAUUGGAGUGACUACAACAUCUCUCCAAAAAGAAAACCUAACAUACAUUGAUUCGGAAAUUAUUAAUGAGCCUAUCAAAGAAUUAUUGGAUGAAUUUGAAAAUAUUACUGUACUAAAUAACAUACCAACUGAUUAAAUAGCUACAUGCUAUUGUUAAUUACACCUACUACUCUUUUUAUUAAUUUUAAUAACUCUAUUACUGUAUUUAUUGUGUUUAUUAAAUGAAAGUAAUUAAUACUAUUUACAUUACUUAUAGGUAUUAUAUUUUUAAUUAAAUGUUAAUAAGCUGAUAGUCUUUAUUAUUAUUAUCAUUGUAUUAUUUUAUUGUUAUUUAUGCUG